AUGUCCGUCUGCUCCAGCAACCUGAGCUAUGGCAGCAACGUCUGCAUGCCAGGCUCCUGUGACCCCUGCCCCGACUCCUGGCAGGUGGACGACUGCCCAGAGAGCUGCUGCGAGCCCCCCUGCUGCGCCCCCAGCUGCUGCGCCCCAGCCCCCUCCGUGACCCUCGUCUGCACCCCAGGGAGCUGCCAGUCAGUGUGCACCAGCUCCUGCACGCCCCUGUGCUGCCAGCAGUCUAGCUGCCAGCCGUCCUGCUGCUCCUCCAACCCCUGCCAGCAGCCCAGCCGUGUGACCCUCUGCUGCGAGCCUGUGAGCUGUGUGCCCCCCAGCCGUGUGACCCUCUGCUGCGAGCCUGUGAGCUAUGUGCCUGUCUCCUGUGUGCCCGUCUGCUCUGGGACCCCCUCCUCCUGCUGCCAGCCGUCCUGCAGCCGCCAGCCCAGCCCCUGCCCCUCGUCCUGCUGCAGACCCUCCUCCUGCGUGUCCCUGCUCUGCCGCCCUGUGUGCAGGCCCGCCUGCUGUGUGCCCGCCCCCUCCUGCCAGCCCAGCUGCUGCCGCCCGGCCUCCUGCGUGUCCCUGCUCUGCCGCCCCGCCUGCUCCCGCCCCGCCUGCUGUGGCCUCUCCUCGGGACAGUCCUGCUGCUGA